AUGGCGCAGGAAAAGACCAGCUGCUUGUUUCGCAUGCAAGAGGAAAUCCGGCUGGCCCGGACAGCGGAAUCCAUUACGGAAUACCCCAAACAGCUGCUUCGACUUGUGGAGGAGGAAAUCUCGAUGCACUACAGAAACGCCCAUGAGUGUCGGCGACGCAUCGCCGCGGCUAGUCGCCAGCACUCAGACUCUGGAGAGGCAGCGGCCUACGAGCUCGCGCACGCAGUGGCGGAGAAAAAUAUCGUUAUUGCCUUGAGGGCGCGAAACGCCUAUCACCAGGAGCGGCUCCGGCUACUGGAACGCAUGGCUGUUGAGGCCUGCGGACAAUUUGAGGCGUUCGACGCAGCCACGAUAGAGAAACUUGCAGACCGCGAGAAGCUGCAGUUGAAACGGCUGUGCGAAGCCGAGCACCACCGUCGCGAGAAGCAUGCGUGGAACGUCGCCUCCGAGAGAAACGGAAAGUUCACGGCGGUCGCUGACGUUGUCUUCGAGAAGGACUGCCUGCUGGAGGACCCGUGGACAGACGCGCCGCGCGACGAGGACGAGGCCUUGGGCUCCCCCUGGAGCGACGUCCCCCCCGAAAAGCCCCGAGUCAAGCUGUUCACAGCAGGGCGAGUGUGUCGCCUUCCGCUCCACAAGGCAGAGCAGCUGUCGGCGCGCCGUCUCGUGCGGCUCCUCUGCACGGUCGACUGCGGGUGGGUUCCGCGAUGCCACGCAUUCUAG